ACUGGGAUCGACCGGGAGAGACUGGUGCAAUCCUGCGAUCUGCACCUUUCAAUUUCCGUCGGCUCGUCGGAUGGCGUUCCCAUGAUUCUCUCCACAUAUUUCUAAGGGGCAGAGUCGCACUUGUUGCUUCUCUCACUUACCCUCAAUCACAUCAUCUUUACCCUCAUCAUGACUACCGCUGAACAGCAGCAACCGCAACACCAGUUUCCCCAUCCCACUGGGAGCAACUCUUAUGGGCACGCACAGGACCCGGAGCCCCACGGCCACCAACCGCCCCACGCUCCUUUGUCGCCUCUUGGGCCGGAGAUUCCCCCUCCAGAGCAGGAAGACUUCGUUACCGACACCGAGUCGAUGCGCAGUGACUAUGAUGAGGACUUCAUGGAAACCUAUUCGCUCUCUUCCAGUAUCCUCGACUACCAGUAUGAGAAUGGUCGUCGAUACGCCAGCUUUCGCUCGGGAAAUUACAUGAUGCCUAAUGACGAAGAGGAACAAGAAAGGCUGGACUUGACUCAUCACAUCUACCUAAUGCUGAUGGGGGGCGAGUUGUUCAACGCCCCCAUCAAGAACCCCCAGAAAGUGCUCGACCUGGGCACAGGGACUGGCAACUGGGCCAUCGAUUUCGCCGACCAGUACCCUGGUGCCGUCGUCGUGGGCAAUGACCUCAGCCCCAUCCAACCCGCCUGGGUGCCCCCCAACGUGGAAUUCUUCGUCGACGACUACGAGUCCGACUGGCUCGAGAAGAUGAAUGCCUACGACUUCAUCCACUCCCGCAACCUAGCAGGCUGCGUCGUCGACUGGCACCGCCUGAUCCGACAGGCCUACGACCACCUCAAACCAGGUGGAUACCUGGAGCUCCAAGAGAGCGCCGUCUGGGCGUGGAGCGACGACGGCACGCUCAAGAUGGACUCGCCGCUGAUGGAGUAUCUGAUGUCGCUGAACGACGCGGCGCACAUGAUCGGCCGGGAGCUGAACAUCUACAUCGACCUGAAGCCGUGGCUGAUUGCGCACGGGUUCGAGGACGUGCACGAGCAGACCUACAUCCUGCCCUUCUCGCCGUGGCCGCAGGAUCCCCGGCUGCGCGAGAUCGGGCGCGUGCAGGCCGCAAUGGUCGAGAAGGCCGUCGAGGCGUAUGGACUGCGGCUGUGCACGCAGGUGCUGGGCUGGAGUCAGGAGCGGACGAAGCUCAUGCAGGGCUUGGUGCGCCAGCAGUUGAAGGAUCGGUCGUUGCAUUCGUAUACCAAGAUUAAGGUUGCCUAUGGGAGGAAGCCUCUGAUUUAGCUGGACAGCAAUCAGCAACUGGGUGUGGUUUGGCUUUCUGGUCUAAUGAAUGAUCUGGAAGAUUCUUGCGUAAGGGACGCAGAAUAUCGGAUGACCGGGGUAGCGAUACAGAGCUAGGUAAAAACCAAGGGAUAUUAAUAGAGUCAGAAAUAGAUUCUAUUUCAAUAAGAACUUACAACGUAAGGCAGGCAGACUGAAUCUCAAUCUACCCAGUCCGCCCCGUCUGCCACAAGCAGGAGCACAUUGGACACGAGCCCGCGCUGUCCAGCCAGGUCGACAGACAGGCGCCGUGGAAGUUAUUCCCGCAGCGCGCGCACCAGACGACAGGCAACGCCGCCUCCUCGUCCUUGGGUUGGAACUCGCCCCGACAGAUGGGACAUAUGUCAUCCGGUCCAAUUGCUCGCUGGCUGGCUACGGGGGCGGCAUCCGCCUCCGUGGGGGGUGGCACCGGGUCCCUGGG